AUGUUUCGAAAGCAGACUGACAAAAUUCCCAGUGAAUCUCUGCAGAGUCGUGACAAACCUCUCUUGACCGAGGCUGAGCGCCAAAUCUUCCAACAGCAUGAUUUGCAAGUGGACGCUCUGCUGUCCAUGGGCGCCUUUUCGCGCGUCUACCGCGCUUCUUGUCUCACUUCCAAUCCCAAUCAGGCGCUGGCCAUUAAAGUGGUGGACAUGAAGAUGCCGUCGCGCUUCCAGCGCCGCGAGGUGGAGAUCUUGCAAUCCAUCCAGCAUCCCUUCAUCGUCUGUCUGCACAGUGUCUUCACGCACGAGCAGCAGUGCUUCAUCGUGACCGAAAUGGCUGAGGCCGGAGACUUGCUGGACUUCCUGCUGCGCCACGGACCGAUUCGCGAGAACAGAGCGAAGAAGUGGACAAAGGAGCUCAGCCAGGCGCUGAAUUAUCUCCAUGCCAGAGAUAUCGUUCAUCGGGAUCUCAAGUGCGAGAACAUUCUGCUCACGAAGCAACUUCACGUGCAACUGGCGGACUUUGGCUUCGCGAAGCGUUUGACGGCCGACGAUGAACUCAGCCGAGGCUACAGCGAAACAUACUGCGGCAGUCUGGCCUAUGCGGCCCCAGAAAUCCUCCUUCGCCAGCCUUAUCUCUCCAAGCCAGCGGAUCUGUGGUCCUUGGGCGUCAUUCUGUUCGUCCUCCUCAACGCACGGCUGCCCUUCCAUGGCACCUUGCGCGCAAUCCGUCGCCAGCAGAUGCGGCGCUGCUACAAGUUCCGCCGCUGCAUUCGAUACCGACUCACGGCCGCCGUGCGAAGCCUCGUGCGGAAUCUUCUGCGUCCCAACGCGAGUCGUCGCUUCACAAUUGCCGAAGUACUGAACUCACAGUGGCUGAACGCCGAUGAAGCCGGACGAUCGGAAGCUUCUGGAUGAAAUGCCAUGUGAAGUUCUGUC